UUUUGUAGCACUACGAUCGAACAUUAUAAACGCGCAAAAAUAAGAUUGUCAAGUGACCGGUCAAGUUCAAAAUUAACAUUUUUCUAACAUCUUUUGUUAGUACAAAUUUUUCACAACUAAUGAAUGACUUCGAAAAAUAAGAUUUCUUCCAACAUUGAAGUUAGCAUCAAUCGCCUAUUUUAUAUGCAAUCAAAUCUUAUUGAGUCUUCUACAAAAGCACAUUAUAUAAAACAGAAUUCAGUUUCCCUGCUAGACAUUGAGAGAAAACCUUCAUUGGACGUUGUAGUCGAAAAAUCAACUUUUUAAUAAAACUGUUUCCUUUGAAGCCUGUGGUUUUAGAACUCAAAUGUUUUUGCAUGAUUAGAAAGCCCACAUUGCAUUGGUCAGACUCACAUAUAAUGUGCCUCCAAGCAUCUAAAGCCGAAUGUAAAAAAAAAUUAAACAAAUGCACUUCUCAUCUCUAAUUUUGAGUUAAGUUGAAAGACACUUUUUCGGUCCAACUUAUUCUUAAGGCUUUUUAGUCUUUGGUAAACAUUUUGAAUCAAAUAUUUUUACAGAUUUUUGAAGUAGACACUUAGCUCUUUCUAACAAGCCCAAGAUUAAGUCUCUAUGAAGAUUCGUUGCCAUACUAUACUGAAAAGAAAAUUAAUGCAAAACUUUUGCACCACCCGUUAAUCUAUUAUUUAUAGUAUUAUUUUGUACAACAAUUGAUUGAUAUGAUCGAUGUUUUAUUAUGACAAACUAAUAAUACUAUUGUAUAUAUUGACAUCAUUAUUUUUAGUAGAAUUUACACUAUUUAAAUAUUUGAUGUACUAUGUGUCUAAUGUACAAAAUCUAUUGGAUAAAAAAAUCAAAAUUUCAUCUAUUUGUUCAAAUUAUGAUCAAGAUAAAAAAAAACAGAAGAGUUCGACAAUAUUUGAAUAUCAAAACUAUUCAUUUGCACAAUAGAAAUAUUUGAUUAUUACUCAAAUGUACAGCCUAAUCGAAAAAAUAUUUAUAUGAAUUGCACUGGAUAACAAGUAAACAAUAUAACAAGAUCAAGUAAAAAAAACACAAAAAGAGAGAAAAUAACAGCUAAAUCUAUUGCAUGAAUUUGCUCUCUUUCCUUGAACGAUCACAUGGCAAUAAAAUUCAUAUGAUAGAAUUGACUUAUUUGUUGACAUGAAUUCAAUAUUUGCUAAGAUUAUGCUUAUUAAUCUUUGAAAUUUCUUGUAUUUUUAGUGCAUUCAGAUAUAAAUAGACCUAUAAUAUUAUUUACACGCAUCGUCCCUAUGGAUAGAAAGACCAAAAUAGUCAAUUUGUCCUUGACUGCAUCUUCCAACAGAAUAGAGAAAGAAAAACAGUCUACUCCGUUCUUUAUCUCUCCGCUAUCACUCAUAAUAUCAUGACAUUGCAGAAGAAACGAGAAUAGAAGAAUAUGGCAAUACCAGAAUAAUAUCAUUCAGUGAAUGUGUGUUCUGAGCAAGAAUCCAUAUAUCACCCGACCAAAGAACAGCGCAAACUGAUCACAUGAGCAAAAUUAAAUAACGAAGUUUAAUUUAUGGUGUGAUUACGAAAGGUCCAAAUUUCAUUAUAGUUGCUAAACCAACAAUUCAAACAUUGAUUCAGCUCAAUGUACCUGUUGUAUUUGUUUCAAAUACAUGUAUGCCUGAAUCAGAAAAAGCUAAACAAUUAUCAGCUGUACUUGGAGUAAAUAUUCAUCCUGAACAAGUUGUUCUUGCUCAAACACCGUUACGUACAUUAACUAAUUUUCAUAAUAAACAUGUUCUUGUUUCUGGACAAGAUCAAGUUGAAGAUAUUGCUCGCAUGAUCGGUUUUAAAAGUAUAACAACAAUUGAAAAAGUUUGUGAAGCAUUUCCAGAAUUGGAUAUGGUUAAUCAUAUGAAUCGGGUUAAAUUAACUGAAAUGAUGCGUACUCGAGGUCUUGUUCAUGAUGAGAAUUUUCGUCCUAUUGAUGCUAUCGUUUUACUUGGUGAACCCAUUCAAUGGGAAAGAUCAUUACAAGUUAUUAUUGAUCUUCUUUUAACCGAUGGUAAUCCUGAUGUUGUACCACCUGAUUCAAAAACUAAACAUGAUCAUAUACCUAUUAUUGCUUGUAACAGAGAUCUUGUAUUUCAAGCUGCUGCAGAUUUACCACGUUUUGGUCAUGGUGCUUUUCUUACAUGUUUAGAAACAUUAUAUAAAAGUAUAAGUGGAAAUGAUCUUAAAUAUACAGCAUUUGUUGGUAAACCAUUUGAAAUUUCAUAUCAAUAUGCUGAAACAAUAGCUAAUAAAAUAGCAUUAGCUAAUGGUCAACCAAAAAUUGAAAAAAUUUAUUUUAUUGGAGAUAAUCCAGAUGUUGAUAUUGUUGGUGCAAAUAUGUAUAAUAAAAUAUUACAACAAGCAAUCAAUUUAAGAACAAGUAUUAGUGGUUAUAAUUUAUUAUUAGAUUCACCAUUAUUAAGUGCAACAUCAUGUGAAUCAAUUUUAGUAUGUACAGGUGUUUAUGAACCAAAUAAAAAAAAACUUGAUGAUAAAAAUCCAUGGAGAUUACCAACAAAAGUUAAACUUGAUGUUUUGGAAGCUCUUAAAUAUAUUCUUCUAAAGGAAACAUGGCCAUAG